AUGUCUCCCGAGUCCAUCAAUGCCGAACUACGCGAUGCCUUUAAACUUCACCGGUCUCGUGUUCUGCAACUAAAACGAAAUUGCCUGGCGAGGUUAUUCGAGAUUCUCGAGAUAUCACCCGACACCACAGAUCCAGAGGAGCUCGAUAUCAUCCGCGCUGAGGAAUGGCCCACGAACGUCAUUGGUCACUUGACUGAUCCCAUCAGGAGCAGCGCGGACCUCUACGACCUGAUUACGGAUGGCACAAAACCGCCUCUACCGGAGGAGGAACGUCUGCAGAUAUUCACCGAGAUUGAAUCGAUACUUCGAGACCGUGCUACUACGGACACUGAUCCUGUGACUCUUCCUGAAGAUCUCAAACAACUCUGUGCGCUCACGGACUCGCUACAAGGACCCGCUUUGCCAAUGACCAAUCUCCAGAUUCCUUGUGCAUUCAGUGGCUUGCGAACACCUCUGGCAUCGCUUAAACACCCUUUCCUCUCAUCUGAACAGUCGAAGCAGUAUACUGGUCUGUGGACUCUGGAUUACGAGGCCUCUGUGAUCAUAGGCAUGGGCGAUGUUUCAGGUGGUGUUGGUGGUGGUUCCUGGCUUUGUUGGUCCAAGGCACAGGGCACAGAUGCUUGGAUGUGGAGAUGGGCCACACGUGUUGGUUACGAACAACCACCUGCCGUGUAUGAGGAUGUCAAGGACAUGCUAGGCCGAUACUGGAAGCGAUACGUGGACGCUGUCGCCUCAUCCUACGAUGGUGAUAUCGGUCAGAAUGAGCUGUUAUAG